AUGGUGACGGGAAUUGCUGCGGAAGUGGAGACGGGCGUUUGUCAGAACCGAUGCAAAGGCAGCGGCGGGAAUUUGUUGGAGUUGCUGCCGAAGUGGCAAUACCAACAGAAGAGACACAACGCUCGACCUCUGGAGCCGUCACAGCGGGUUUCUGAACCAGCUGGUAACUGGAGGCCGUGUAAAUCCCAGCAGAUUCAAAGGCUCCUGCUGUCCCUCCCUCCUGCUCCUGCUCCUGCUCCUGCCCCUGCUCCUGCUCCUGCUCCUGCUCCAGCUCCUGCCCCUGCACCUGCUCCAGCUCCAGCUCCUGCCCCUGCUCCUGCCCCUGCUCCUGCUCCUGCUCCUGCCCCUGCCCCUGCUCCUGCUCCUGCUCCUGCUCCUGCUCCUGCUCCUGCUCCUGCUCCGGCUCCUGCUCCUGCUCCAGCUCCUGCCCCUGCUCCUGCUCCUGCUCCUGCUCCUGCCCCUGCUCCUGCUCCUGCUCCUGCUCCUGCUCCUGCCCCAGCUCCUGCUCCUGCCCCUGCUCCUGCUCCUGCUCCAGCUCCUGCCCCUGCUCCUGCUCCAGCUCGUUCUGCCCCUGCUCCUGCUCCUGCCCCUGCUCCUGCUCCAGCUCCAGCUCCUGCCCCUGCUCCUGCUCCUGCUCCAGCUCCUGCCCCUGCUCCUGCUCCUGCUCCAGCUCCUGCCCCUGCUCCUGCUCCUGCUCCAGCCUCUGCUCCAGCUCCUGCUCCUGCCCCUGCUCCUGCUCCUGCUCCUGCUCCUGCCCCUGCCCCUGCUCCUGCUCCAGCUCCUGCCCCUGCUCCUGCUCCUGCUCCUGCUCCUGCUCCUGCUCCUGCUCCUGUUCCUGCUCCAGCUCCUUCUGCCCCUGCUCCUGCUCCUGCUCCUGCUCCAGCUCCUGCUCCUGCUCCAGCUCCUGCCCCUGCCCCUGCUCCUGCUCCUGCUCCAGCUCCUGCUCCGGCUCCUGCUCCUGCUCCUGCUCCUGCUCGCUCCUGUUCUGCCCCUGCUCCUGCUCCUGCUCCGGCUCCUGCUCCUGCUCCUGCUCCUGCUCCUGCUCCAGCUCCUUCUGCCCCUGCUCCUGCUCCUGCUCCUGCUCCAGCUCCUGCUCCUGCUCCUGCUCCUGCCCCUGCUCCUGCUCCUGCUCCAGCUCCUUCUGCCCCUGCUCCUGCUCCUGCUCCUGCUCCAGCUCCUGCUCCUGCUCCAGCUCCUGCCCCUGCCCCUGCUCCUGCUCCAGCUCCUGCCCCUGCUCCUGCUCCUGCUCCUGUUCCUGCUCCAGCUCCUGUUCUGCCCCCUCCUGCUCCUGCUCCUGCUCCUGCUCCUGUUCCUGCUCCUGCUCCUGCUCCUGCUCCUGCUCCUGCUCCUGUUCUGCUCCUGGUUCUGCUCCGGCUCCUGCUCCAUCUCUCUGCCCCGGGAAGGACGUGCGAGGGGAUUAACAGGGCCGGGGUUUUCCUGCUCUGA